AUGGGUAAAUCACAAUCCAAGCUCUCGCAAGAGCAGCUCAAUGAGCUCCAACGAUCGACCCAUUUCGACAAGAAGGAGUUACAGCAAUGGUACAAGGGUUUCUUGAAGGACUGUCCCUCUGGCAUGCUCACCAAAGAGGAAUUCCAGGAGAUCUACCGCCAAUUCUUCCCCUUUGGCGACCCUUCUUCCUUUGCAGACUACGUAUUCAAUGCCUUCGAUAGCGAUAAAUCAGGUUCAAUCGAUUUCAAGAAGUUCAUUUGCGCUUUGAGCCUCUAUGAUAUCGAUGGAGAUGGCAAGAUAAGCUAUGAGGAGAUGUUGGCUAUCGUUGAGGCAAUUUACAAGAUGGUCGGAUCUAUGGAAAAGCUCCCAGCAGACGAAGACACUCCCGAAAAGCGCGUCAAGAAGAUCUUCCGUAUGAUGGACAAGGACGAAAACGGUAGCCUGGAUAUGGAAGAGUUUAAGGAAGGCAGCAAGCGCGACGAGACAAUCGUAUCAGCACUGUCACUCUACGACGGCCUCUUUUGA